GGGAGGGCGAGAGCUUCAGCCAGUCAGACGCCAGGCAUCCUCAGGUUCAAUGUUUGCAUGACCACUACGCACGCUGCUCCUCUCCUGGUCUUCUUCUCACUUACGUGGACCCCUUGGAUUCAAUGCAAAGGAGCCACUAAUGAACUUGUUUCCUUGGAACAUCGAAGGUGCCAUAACGUUGCACCGGGACCGAGAGCGCUGGAUGUGACAGAGGGAGGAAGACAGCGUGGAGUUAAAUUCAUUUGAACUCUCCUACUACCGAUGACACUGUCACGAGAGGUUUGCAUGACUUGAAACACUUUUAUCACUCGUGACAUCUUGUCAUUUGUAAUAUCGGGACUCAUCGGAGUUGUUUUACUUAGGUUAUUACCAUUUUAUUAACAGUCGAGAAGUAUUUCGGCACUGCUUUCUAUUCGUACCAGCAGCUGCGGCUUGACUACAGCUCCUGUGCGCGCGCGUGCGCAACAGUGUGGGUUAUUCACAGUGCUGCUAUGCAGACUGGCUGGAGCCACACUCAGACAGUCACGGCUUCACUGUAGCUCCAGUGUGUGUAUGUGUGUGUGUGUGCUCGCUCGGACUGCUUUCCAAUAGAGAAACAAAAAGAAAGCUCGCCACACACUGAGGAGAAAGCUAUCUCUCUUUGGUGACGACUCGUGCGGAAUCGCAUAUGUUCCACAGCUUUGUGUAUGAGUGCGGCUUGUUCAGGAUGCUGCUAUGCAGACAGAGUGGAGCCAUACGAAACCUGCUGGUAAAGUUCAAGUAACACACAUGACAGUGCAGCCGCUGUCAGUGCAGCACAGCGGUUUGUGUUGCUUUUGCACGUAUGAUCGGCAACCACAUUAAAAGCAAACAGAGAUGUUUUACUUGAUUUAAACAAAUUGCAGUAUUACUAUUUCAUUAUUGUUUUUGGCUUUCACUUGGGACAUUGCGGAUUGGCAGAAAAAUGAAGGACCCCCAUCCACUUACCAACAACUGGAUUAAAUCCCCCCGUAAAGAACCGGUGAUCAUCCCCAUGCAAAGCUCUCACAAGAAGUUCAAGAGAAAGUCUCGCGAACCGAAAAAAAUUUACAGUGAUUUUGAACCUGACGGGAUGAAAGCGUACGCGAUGGAUACGCCGGAGGGGGAUUUGCUGGAGGACCCUCAUUUGGAGCCUUGUAAUGUCACCAGGUUGGCUCCGAUCCACAGACACAUAAGAGUGUCACAUGAGGCGAGCGCCACCGGGAUUCUAUCAGGAGUGGUGGUAGCCCCGCCGCAGAGCAGCGCUUUGGACAUGAGGAUCGGCAGUGCCAUCGCUCCUAAACUGUCUCCGUUACCCAUCUCUCCGUUCGCUAAUCCGGAAAUUGUCCACUGGCCCGCGGCGAUAUCUCAGCCCCUCUCAAACAGAUUAAAACCGGGCCACCGCUCCAUAUUCCCCGUAACGCCCUCGUCCAACAACAUUCACAGUCUUUCACCCAACCGCCAAUCCUUUCCAAUUGACCCGUCCAUGUCAGGCCAAACUACAGCUCGGCCUGUCUCUCAAACCUCUCUGAACUCUCAAAGGCAAGACCAUGUAGAGCAACAGGGCCUUUCGCCAAAGGAGUCUUCUCGAAAGCGUGUAGGAAUGAGCGCCGACGGAACCGGACGUAUUCCAGAGGUCAAAGCCGUCCAACAGACGAGGAGGCUCCUAGCUAACGCCCGUGAGAGAACCCGCGUCCACACCAUCAGUGCUGCUUUUGAGGCCCUUAGGAAACAGGUGCCUUGCUAUUCCUAUGGGCAGAAACUAUCCAAGUUGGCUAUAUUACGGAUAGCGUGCAACUACAUCCUCUCCCUGGCGCAAUUGGCUGAAGUUGACCACACUCCUGGCCAUGGCAGUCAAAGCUUCUCUCAGUGUGUGGAACAAUGCACUAGGACCCUGCAGGCUGAGGGACGGAGCAAGAAGAGGAAGGUCGGAAGGAUGACAGAGGAUGUUUGAAGACUAACCAGAAGCUCCUAUCCUUAAAUGAAGACUGAGGCAAACUUUUAUUGCUAUGUGAGCAGAGCGUCAACUGUCAGUUUUAAUCAUGUAUUAGGGUAACAUAAAGGUUUGAGCUCAAUAUUUUAAAGCAUUUGUUAUUUAAGUUAAAAAAAAAAUGCAAGAGAUAAAAUGGCUACAGCGUAUUCAGUAUGUGUAAUAUUUGCUGUCAUAACAUUUGCAUAAUUGCCUGUACGUUUCAUUAACUGAUGGACUUGUAAACAAAUUCAUGUUUUUCUGUGGAAAUUUUAACUAUUUUGGAUUACUUAAACUAGCAGUGUCAAAAUGAAAUAUAGAAUAUGUUUACAUCAGAAUAUACUUUAUGUAUUAUUCUUCAUUUUCUCCUUUGUUAUGCACUACGUAAAGAAAAUCUUCUCAUUCCUGAUGCAAAUUCAGAAAUAAAUGUGAAUUUUCUAAAUCACAAACUACCCUCACAACAAAGUGCAGUAUUUUACAAUAUCUUAACUUCAAAGCAAAUAAUAAAAAUGUGUAAACCAGUUGUUCUAUUUCUUUGUGUCUAUUGGAAAUCGCCCAUUAGUGUCCUCCCAUUAAAGUGUAUUUUCUUACCUUAGUCAAACAGUGAUGUCAUACUCAUUUCAGUCGUGGGCCAUUAUGAGUGCAAACCCAUAAAGGGAAAAAUUGCCUUAUAUUAUACACCAAAAUUGAAUAACACUUGAUUUUGAAAUCUGAAGUCAUUAUUUCAUAUUAGAGGAGGAUUGGCAAUGAAAAUUACUUAGUACUUGAGUGUUUUUAAAUGUGACAAGAAUCUGUUUUUUUGGUAUUUUAGCAAGAAGCAUGAAGUCAAUGCAAGUUAAUAGCUUUGGCUGGCCACACAAAAUGAUGUGAUGGGCCAGUGCUGGCCCUCAGGCCUUGAGUUUGACACAGGUACCUUAGUGAAAGUCUCAGUUGUGUCACAAUGUUAUAAACAAAUUGAUUACAAGAUGGCUGCCAACACAUACAGCAUAUAACAACAACAUAGCGACAGUUUAGAUUUAGAUGUCAAUCAGACAUUUUGU